UACUGGUAGCCAGGUUUUGUUCAUUUUCAUGGUUUCUUCCUUUCUUUUGAAAUUGCCCGCAUGCUUGUGGAUUACAAGAAGAAGUUGUAUGAAGGGAAUGAAAGCAGGAAAGACAAAAGAAGGAGGGGGGAAGGAGAGAAGAAGAGAGCACGCACGCGCGCGCCCGCGGGCGGGGCCGGGCGCGCGACUCUCUCUCCCUUUCUCUGUCUGUGUCUCUGCCUGCGCGCGGAGGAGUAAAUGAGGGGCCCGCGGGCCCGGCUGGGCCAAUGGCGAGGCGAGGUUGGAGGCGGCGGCGCUGAUUGGCCGGGCGGAGGUUCUUAGCCCGCGCGACGCCCCUCGCCCCUUGUCUACUGAACUGAGUCCAGCUGGCGCCAGGGCUGACAUAGGAUGCUUUGGGGAUGUUGCAAAAAAGGAGGCCAGCCUUCUAAGUGGAGCUCGCCCGCGGAGGAGCUAGGGCCCUUCCCCUCCCUCCCGCCCUCUCUCCCUCCCGCCGCAUCAUCUCGCGCUCUCUUUCCAAACAAUCUCCCGCCGCCCCCACUUUUAACAGACCCUUAAAGAAAACUUUGCAAACAUUUUGGGAGCUUUGGUUCAGUCCGCUUGGAAGAGCCCCUCCGUAUCCUGGUUUAGCCCUUUGAAAGAGGGAAGGCGGUUUCGUCGCGCGUUAACCCUCCCUCCCUUCGGAGGUCGACCUGCCUCCGCCAUGGAGGUGGCCACGGACCAGCCCCGCUGGAUGGCCCACCACGCCGCCGUGCUCAACGGGCAGCACCCGGAGGCCCACCACCCGGGCCUGGCCCACAACUACAUGGAGCCGGCGCAGCUCCUGCCCCCGGACGAGGUGGACGUCUUCUUCAACCACCUGGACUCCCAGGGCAACCCCUACUACGCCAACUCGGCCCACGCCCGCGCCGCCGCCCGCGUCUCCUACAGCCAGGCCCACGCGCGCCUGACGGGGGGCCAGAUGUGCCGCCCGCACUUGCUGCACAGCCCGGGCCUUCCGUGGCUGGACAGCGGCAAGGCGGCCCUCUCGGCGGCCCACCACCACAACCCGUGGGCGGUGAGCCCCUUCGCCAAGGCGCCGCCGCUGCACCCCUCCGCGGCCGGGGCUCCGCCGGGCUCGGCGCUGUACUCGGGCGGCGGGGGCGGCGGGGGCGGCAACGGCUCCUCCCCGGCCUCGCACGCGGGGCCCCCGCACCUCUUCGGCUUCCCGCCCACGCCGCCCAAGGAGGUCUCGCCCGACCCCAGCGCCGGGGGCAGCAGCAGCAGCGCCGCCUCGCCCGCCUCGGCCGCCGGCGGAGACGCCAAGGAGUCGCUCAAGUACCAGGUCUCCCUGGCCGAGGGCAUGAAGAUGGAGAGCGCCAGCCCGCUCCGGAGCAGCCUGGCCGCCUCCAUGGGCGCCCAGCCCGCCACCCACCACCCCAUCCCCACCUACCCGCCCUACGUGCCCGCCGCCCACGACUACGGAGGGAGCCUCUUCCACCCGGGCAGCUUCCUCGGCGGGCCCGCCUCCAGCUUCACGCCCAAGCAGCGCAGCAAGGCCCGCUCCUGCUCAGAAAGAAAUCCGGUUUCUUCGUGUUUCCAUUUAGAAGGCAGAGAGUGUGUCAACUGUGGAGCUACUGCCACCCCUCUCUGGAGAAGAGACGGUACUGGGCAUUACCUGUGUAACGCCUGCGGGCUCUACCACAAAAUGAACGGUCAAAACCGACCUCUCAUUAAACCUAAACGAAGGCUGUCGGCAGCUAGGAGAGCAGGAACUUGUUGUGCCAAUUGCCAGACCACCACUACUACCUUAUGGCGGCGUAAUGCAAAUGGAGACCCAGUUUGUAAUGCCUGUGGACUUUACUAUAAAUUGCACAAUGUGAACAGGCCUCUGACCAUGAAGAAGGAAGGAAUUCAGACCAGGAAUAGGAAAAUGUCCAACAAGUCCAAGAAGAGCAAGAAAGGCUCUGAAUGCUUUGAGGAACUAUCCAAGUGCAUGCAGGAGAAGUCCUCUCCAUUCAGCGCGGCUGCCCUUGCCAGCCACAUGGCCCCGAUGGGCCACUUGCCCCCCUUCAGCCACUCUGGACACAUCCUCCCGACACCUACCCCCAUCCACCCAUCGUCCAGCAUCUCAUUUGGACAUCCGCAUCCAUCCAGCAUGGUCACCGCCAUGGGAUAGAAUUGGGAGAUCCUAACCAAGACUGCAAAAACUGGGCUUUGCCUAAAGGUGACAUCAAGGAUUGAUUCUGCCCAGAAGCGAGACAUAGAGGGAAGGAAGGAAGGAAAAAAGGAAAUCUCAUUCCAGUGUGGUUCAACUCCUAGUGCUAGACUAAAACUUGGGAAUGACGGAUCUUCAGCAGAAAUGCUUUUUAAUGGUGCCUGUUAUGCACUUUCCCCCCUCAGGUAAAAAGAGAAAGAGGAACUCACCUGUUUGAUAUGUUGCCUGCUCUCGUCCCAGCAGAAAGUAAAGAUGGCUGAAGCAGUAGAAGAAGCUGGAGCCAACUUUCCUUUCUCUUUGUUAAUUACUGUGAAUAUUGUAAAGAGAUUAGCUGCCUCCUGAAACAGAGGAAAUGCAGUGGUAGCCACCCGUGCUGGAUUUCUAUCACAGACUUGUGUUCUUGGGGGAGGGAAAAACUUUAUAAAAUCUACUUUUUAAGGAAAUAAAUCAGACACAGAAAAAAGAAAAAGAAAAAUCAUUAUUUAUUUUCCUUUUGUGUUCUAGAAAGAGCUUCAAAACUCUUGCAUGAAUUUGUGGAUCUUUUUAUUUAAAGAAACAUCCAGCCUGGUAACAAACAAGUUUUUAAAAAAGUGUUGUUAUUGCUUAAUGGCCACACUUUUGGAUCUUUACAUUGAUUGCUGUUAGACUUAAAUAAAUCUACUAGGCAAGGGGAUGUGUGUGUGAAAGCGGACACAUUUAGCUAUAAGAUAUAAGGCUACAAUAGCUCGAGGUGUGGAUUAUUUCUGAUAUAACAUCUGUAUUCUCUUCCUCAAUGUGAAGAUUGUUGGUCAAAAGCAUGUCUUCCUGGGAGAAUACAGAUAACACGAGACAAAUGGCUCAAGGGUUCUCCUUAGGGAAACAAACUUGCUUUGGCUGAAGGGCAACCUAUAGGGUGUCCAUAGGUAUUUCAAGUGUAUUCCUAGGCCAACUCUCUGAAUUACCCCUGGCCACUGUCUUUUCCAUUGGCAGAGCUGUGCCAUAUGCUCUCCCAUAGAGGACUGCAGUGCCUUAAGCCAGGCUUCUACAACUUUAAGGCGCUGGAGAAAGACUUCCACCAACCUAUAACCAGGCUUACUGGGGAUGAUGGGAACGAUGCCACAACACCUCUAGAGGUACACUAGGCUAGCAGCAUCUUUUCCUUUGCCCAGGUUUCAUGAUACUGCAGGUUCUCCACUGACUAGCUGCCUUGUUUUGCUCAGUUUCUGUGUUCCAUUCUUUGUGGUCCUCCACAUCUGUGCAGAGUUUCCUCCAACUUCUUUCUCUGCUCACCUCUGUGUCUUCUCCCAGCCCUUCCCCUCAUGUAUCUGACAGAAGCACUGACAUAUGGCCUUCUGUAAUACAGGUGCUGAAUAUCUCCACUAUAAGUCUGACCUGGAAACCAUAGAUCUUAACAAACACUCUCACACAGGCAAACAUUCCUUAUAUACUCUCCGCUAGCCAUUUUGCUGGCUCUUGUGCCAACUGUCUGGUGCCAUCCCUCCUUUGCUUGCCUAUUUAGAAGUCGGUCCCAUAGAAUACAGAAGGACCUAUUCCUAGGAAGACAUCUAAAAUGUAUCCUGUCACCACUUUACAUAGAUCCAGAUCUUUGGUCCAUGCUGCCCAUCCUGAAUGUUGGAAGUGGCAGUGGCUGGUUUCUCAGGUUUUCUUGGCUUCCUCAUAAUUGUUUUAGCAGCAGGUACCACAUUUUGAACCUUCUGAUACCUCUGACUUCAAAGCAUUUAUCUUGCCACACAGCCAUAGAUUUUCCUUCAGCAAAAGGAAAUGAGGAACCCGAGGCCCUGUUGCCAAGUCUGGGCUGCCUGUGGUCCCAGUCUAGCUGUUUAGCUUUCCCUCUAAUAACCUCACUUCUUUCCAUGUAGCAGUCCUUCCAUGUGGUCUCCUGGCUUUGCUAUAACCUUUUCCCCUCCCAUGCCAAAAGGCUGGAACUCCUGAAAUGACUUGUGGAAAGUGUUAACCUGAAAUUUACUAGGAUGUAAUGGUGGGAUAGCCUCUGGCUGCACCAACCAACCCACCCACAAAUCCUCUCUGAAACAUGAUUUGGCCAUCAAGGUGAAACGUAGUGGUCCAUCCUUGUCAGAAUGUAUUCAUGGCUCUAACUUGCUGUUUCAUUUGAGAGCAGAAGAAAGAAUGGCUCUUUAAACUGGAAGGGUCCCUCAUGAUAGUUUGGGUUUUGCCACCUUCAUUUAGCAGAUGUUGCCCAAGAGCACUGCAAUGUUGAGUAGCUAUUGUCCUAUUAUAUUUGUCAUGUGUCUAUGUAGAGGUGGAGUUUGCUCUCUGUCAGAUGCAAGUUUUUUACUUGGGAAGGGAUGAAGGCACCUACAAAACAUAACGGGGAAAGAGCAGUGGUGAAUGUCAUAUCCUUCCAUGGGUUCAGGCGAGGCAGCAGUAGCUGCCGGAAAGUAGGGGCUGAUGAAGUGGUCGAUCAAGGGGUACUUGGCUGUUUCCUAUAACACAUUUUCUAUUUUUAAGGAAAAUCAUGAGUGUUGAGAGAAAAAUAAUAAUCAUCUCCCAUUCUAAAACCAUAUUGUACGUUUUUUAAAAGCUGAAAAAAAUAAAGCUCUUGCCAGUGUGAUGUGUAUUCUCUUGAUUGUUAUGAUCUGAUGACUUUCAUGGUCACAAAGUCCAGUAUAACAUAUGAUGUACAUAUUUAGCUAUAUUUCUGAUGAAAAAAGCCCCUGUGAGACUUGGGGUUUGGUAAUGUAAACCGCAUAAGCUUAACUCUGUGACAAACUUUUUAAAACUGUUUUUCUUUAAUAUUUUAAAUCAAGCCAAUUGUAUCUUAACUGCAAAAGUCUGCUUAAAACCAAGGCAAAGGUGUACGUUGGUUUUGUUGGUAAUUCAGCUGUCUGGUAAAGAACAAAGGACCAAGCAUCCAAAACAACAUCGCUUUCCUCCCUUUUCUGGUCUGUGUUGGCUAUCCUUCUCCAGCCUGGUGCCUUCCAAAUGUGCUGUUUCUUAUUGUAAGCCCCAGUUUUACUGGUUGUGGGAUUAAGUAAAUUGUAAUCCAACACAUCUGCAAGACACUAGUUUAGGGAAGGCUGAUGAUGAAGGCAUAUAUAGCUGCACUUUGUGAAGAAGCAAAAAAUAAUCAGAUACCAAAAUAUAAGACACUUCAAAAUAAGCAAAUUGUUUUCAAUUGACCAAGACAAACUAUUUACUCCUUUAUUUAGGGGGGUGUGUGUGAGAGGGAGAGAGAGGGAGGGGUGACCUUUAAAAAAAAAUGGUACCGUGAUAUAUUAUUUCUAACGAAGUCAAAUUCCUUAAGGGUUGGGAGCGACUGGGUGAGAGAAUGAAGAAAUUUAUGAUGUUGGGGAGCAACCCUUGGCCCCAGCGCUAUUGCUGAUGCACAGACUAUUUGUCUCAGUGGCUUGAGCUCUGCAAAACCCCACUUGGACAAAUAGGGCUGCAAUCAGAAGUGCUUGCUGGGUGAGAUCCACAGAUGUCAAAGUGCAAUAUAUUGUCAGUCACUGCAGCGUAGGAGAACCGCAGUCAGGAUUUAAAUUAUUUUGUACUUGUAUCAGCAUAAGGAUUUGGCAGUAUUUUCUGUUGUUUUUUUUUUAAAAAAUGCUUAAUUUUUGGAUUAGUGAACUAAGUUAUUGUUAAUUAUGUACAACAUGUUUAUAUAUUGUCUGUAAAAAAGUGUAUGCUUCCCUCAUAUUCCUUCAAGGUGAAUACUGCUAAGAAUAAUAAAAAACCACCCUUUUUGUGAAA